AUGGUACCCAUUCCCGAACUUCCAACUGAGAUCUUGGCACAGAUUGUGCGGUAUGCAAACCUCAAUGGAGACCUUCCAAAUCUCAGGUUGAGCAAUUCGCGUACUUUGGCGUUGGCCGAUCGUCAAAGUCAUCUAUUGCUCGACGACCUGUGCUUGAGAUAUGGGAUCAGUCCGCGAGUGCGGGAUCUGUACUUGUCCCAGAGGACAGGCGAUAGGUCCACAUCUGGUAUUCGUCAUCCGGAUGUCAUCCAUGUGAUGGCCUUGGGCAAUUUUUUGCGCUUGACAGGACUCCUUGCUGCAGAUCUGGAUAGCGCAAUCGGACACCCCGCGAAUACCGCUGUGCCUACCUUGAGAAUUUGCAACCGAGAGCCUUUCGUGCUAUUUGCAAUCUUCAGCCAGGUGCUGAACUCAUCUUUGGGAGUUGUACAUUCGACAAUGGCAGAUUUGCUAGCCCCUUCCCCUGAUGCCGGGCAAUCUUUCUCAAAGCAGUUUUCAGAAACAUUCAUCCAUUUUCUGAGACAAGAGCUCGUGCUGGAGGACUUAGAAGGUAUCAUAGGCGCUAUUAACGUUUGCUCAACGCGACUCUGGAGCACCGUCUUCCUCUUCAGACCUAAAGAUUACAGCGUCAGCAGCUUCGGCAGCCUCAGCGGAGCUUCAUUCAACAUCGAUCAUGCGAUUUUGACGGAACAUGUCAUCUGGAAAGGCCCACUUUGGGCAUCGCAGAUAUUGAGGAAGUAUGGUCCCGCAAAUGCGUGUUUCGAAUAUCAGACUGCAGGGGGAGCGGUGGUGGACGACAGUCUUGUCAAGGAGGGCAUUUGGAGAGGUUUGCGCAGUGAAGGGGCUCGGCUGGCAGCGAAUGGAGUGGCCCGACUCCUGUGGAAAGAGAGACAGCAGAAGAUUGAGACAAAGACCAGCGCUUCUGCUGAAAGGAUAGGCAUUACAGAUAUGAGAUUGGAUCCAUCAGUGUGGCGAGGGUCCUCAGGAGAUCUGUAG